AUGACACCUAACCUGCCCACUCGGCAACUAGGAAAGGAUGGACCACAGGUGACGGCCUUGGGCUUUGGGUUGAUGGGCCUGUCAAUCUUUUACGGCAAAAAGUUGCCAGAUGAUCAAAGAUUGGCCUUUCUGGACCAUGUCCUUGCAUCCGGCGAGACGUUUUGGGAUUCUUCCGAUGUGUACGGGGACAGCGAAGACUUGCUUGGACAGUGGUUCCAAAAGACCGGCAACCGAAGCAAGAUCUUCCUGUGCAGCAAAUUCGCCAACGUUCGGCAGCCGGACGGCAAGACAAAGGUGAUCAACGACCCCGCCUACAUCCGCGAGGCAUGCGCCAGCUCCCACAAACGCCUGGGCCUCGAGCCCGGCGACGCGAUCGACCUGUACUACUGCCAUCGGAUCGACCCGAAGCAGCCCAUCGAGACCACCGUGCAGACCAUGGCCGAGCUCAAACAGGAAGGCAAGAUCCGCCAUCUCGGCCUCAGCGAGUGCUCGGCCGACACCUUGCGGUGGGCGUGUCAAGUGCACCACAUCGCCGCCGUCCAAGUCGAGUACUCGCCUUUCUCGAUGGACAUUGAACACAACGGCCUGUUGCAAGCCUGUCGAGAACUGGGCGUCGCGGUCGUGGCAUACUCGCCCUUCAGUCGCGGUUUCCUUACGGGAACGAUCAAAUCGCACGACGACUUCGAACCGGACGAUCGACGAAGAAUCAUGCCCCGAUACUCUAAAGAGAACUUUUCAAAGAACAUCGAACUCGUGCACGCGAUAUCUGCGCUGGCGGAGACCAAAGGCGCGACGCCCGGCCAAUUGACGCUGGCCUGGUUGAUGGCACAGGGCGAUGACAUUAUCCCCAUCCCCGGGACGACCAAGGUGAAGAAUUUCGAGGAGAACAUGAGCAGCUUGAAGAUCCAGCUCACGAAGGAAGAGGAGCAGGAGAUUCGCGCCAAGGUCGAGGCGGCCGAGAUUACGGGGGAUAGGUAUCCGGAGUUUAUGUUGGGGAAUCUCUAUGUGGACACCGUUCCGCUCAAGGAGUGA